AUGCGAACAUAUCUGGCCUCCUGCCUCUUCUCCAUCCUGCUCACCACAGGUGUUUGUUUGCAAUGUGAGCAGUGCAGCAGCAACACUGACUCCUGUACUGGGAUGCCACAUCUGUGUGGACCGUCUGACAACGCCUGCCUCACACUCACCACAGAGAUUGUAACUGGGCAUGACAUAUGGCUGGCCACGUAUAAAGGCUGCACCAAGCUCAUGUACUGCCCUCCGUCCCCCAUGAGCUUCACCUUUCCUAAUCAGCGCAAACGGAGAGUAGCCAAGUGUUGCCGCAAGAACCUUUGCAACAGCGGAGCAGUGACAUUGCCCCGACUACGAACCAGACCAAAUGGACUGAAGUGUCCUGGAUGCAUCUCAAAGGAUCCAAGAUGCGUACCCACCGAGAUCAUAAAGUGCAAUGGCUGGGAAGAUAAUUGCGUCUACUAUGAUGUUUCUGUAGAAGACGACCGCAAGAUCCACACUCAUGCGAAACGUGGCUGUGGGACCAGACGAGCUUGCCUGAACAAGCCACAUAUUUUUGGGAUACCAGGACUGUAUAUGGAGAUUCUGGAAAAUCCCCAGUGCACUCCUGCUCCCAAAAUGUUCACCGAGAUUGGCAAGUAGGUAGUCCCUCAGGAAAA